UGUCUAUUUUUAACUAACUGAACGACACACUUGAAUAUGUAGUUAUGUGGCUUUGUCUCUCUCACUUUCCCUCAGUAAACACUCCUCAGCUGGAAUAAUGUCCAUUUUCCACACAAAAAUGAAAUGUUUUUCUGCACUUGUGUUUGUUUUGUUAAUGAGUAGUGUGUCAUUCGGACUCCGCCACAGUGUCCACUACGAGGGAGAGAGUGAGGUGUUGGAAGGGGAAAAGUUCCGGAUAGUGUGCGUGAUGAGCCGGCAAGACGUACCAGGUUGGACAUUAAACAGUUCUGUCGUUAUCACGGAAGAUAACGACCUCGGAUAUAACGUUCAGGAGAGAGAGAAAGAUGCUUUCCACUGGGAACUCAGUCUGAGUGCGGAAGAGGCGCAACUGCAUCACAGCGGAGAGUACCGAUGCAACAAGUACAGCAGGGAUUUCCACUCUCUGUACAUCAAACCGAGAUUUGAGGAAGACAGAGAAGAAAGUGAAAUCUCAGAUCAUAAGAAGGAUAAUGAAUACAAAUUGAUUGUGAAUGAAUCGUACGAAUUUUAUUGUUCUUCAGCUCAAGACGAUGAUACACCAGUCACGUGGUAUAAGAACGGUCGCCGCCUGGUGGAACAUUCUGAAUCCAACAUAGUGCUAUCUGGUGCGAGUCUAUUGGUGGAAUACGCUCAGGAAGACGAUGCAGGAGAAUACGUAUGUACCGUAGACACUUCACGAGUGGAUGGAAUAUCCGGAAUCGGAAGAUUUUUUCAUUUAAACAGUGCAGCAAGAAUUGUUCAAUUCCCAGAAAGAGCGAACAUCGAAAACGGCACUUUACAUCUUUAUUGUGAAGCACAAGGAUUUCCUUUGCCUGAAUUUACAUGGUACAAAGACAAUGAAGAUAUUCAUGAAAUAAAAAAGAGAAAUGAUCGCCUCUCUAUCUACACUUUCCGUAGUGGGGGUCGGCCAAGUUCUACUCUUAGGAUGGAUUAUGUGACAGAGCAGGACAAGGGACUCUACAUCUGCAGGGUUCACAACUCGAUAGAUUCGGGUACAGAAAGCGACGAAGAAUCGGUAUUUGUCCACGGUCCAGGUGACAUGAUAGUAACUAAUGAAGAGGAACCCGGUAUGGGGAAGUUGCUUACACCUGGUGAACCUCUAAUACUGCAGUGUAGUACAUCUGACUGUCCUCAAUGUAAGAUUAUAUGGCAAAGAAAUGGGGAGCCUUUAUCUUCAAUUGACAACCAUAUAGAAAUACAUGACAAAAAUAAUUCAGUUGUAAUCAAGAGUGCCACUUAUAAUGACACAGGUGUUUAUAUAUGUGGCAUUACCCAUGGGGAUCUAAGCAUUUCUGUGAAUGCUACUAUUGUUGUACAGUCUAAAAUAAAAUUAGAUAGGUUUGAUGCAUCAUCUGUUGUUAUUGAAGGCAGUCCUUUGGAGCUCAUUUGUCACCCUCAAGGAUCUCCUGCUCCAAAUAUCAAGUGGUUUAUUGGGAAUCAAGAAGUGUUUGAUGAUGAUGAAAGAGUGGAGCUUUUGGAACAUGGAGGUUUGGCAAAAGGAAGAUUAUUGAUCCAAGAAGCAGAGUAUAGUGAUAGAAAUCAUUACACUUGUGAGGCAUUUAAUCAAUUGGAUAGAGUCAACACUACAGUUUUCAUUAGAAUAAAAGAUAAACUUGCUGCUCUGUGGCCUUUCCUUGGCAUCUGUGCCGAAGUAUUAAUACUGUGUUCAAUUAUAUUUAUAUAUGAAGAAAAAAAGAGAAAAAAUUCAAACGAUGAGCCUGAAACUGAUCUUCCCACUGAAAACAAGCACCAUCGUGAGCAGAGAGGCAAAGGGCAAGAUGUUAGACAAAGAAAAUAAGAAAUGUCAGGCUCAACUGGUCGAUAUCGUGAUAUUUUUUAAUUAUUUAAUCAUUCACUUGUUUUCUUCAGUUCAUUUUUAAUACCAAAGAAAAAAAGAAAUAUUUACACCCUUCAUUUCAUCUGUUAUGUGGAAUUAUCAUCGAAUCUCCUUUUAUAGUGUUACAUCUUUUUUUUUUCCUCCUUUUUUUUUCAAUGUUAAGUUUUUAAUAUUUAUUCAAUUACAAAGUACAACAUGUUGAGUUAUUAUUUUGAAACAGGUGAUUUCAAUAACGAUGCAUAAUUACAACGAGAACAUUAGCAAAUGCGAGUUUCUGUGUCUUUGUGUGUUUAACGUAGUUGAUUGUCGUGCAUAGAAAGGGUUUCAUAUUCUAACUUAACUAGAAAAAAACCUCUCAUUCUUUUAGUGUGAAUGUGCAAUAAAUUAUAUGCUCACAUGUCUUUAAAAACAAAAAUGUAUUUUUCAUAUGAAUGAAAUUUUUUUGUUUGUUGUUGCAAAUCAUGGUCCUUCAUGCUGUUCAAUUUAUUAGGGAUGGCUGAUUUGUUUGUACAUAUUAUUUUGUUGGUAUUUUCAGUCAUUUACUGAUUGUUAGCUGUUUCACUUCAUUGGGUAUCAUUGUUAAUUCUUUUCUUAAAAUAUAAUUUUUGUAAAGAAAUAUAUGAAACUAUAUGUUAAUGAGAUAUAUAAAUUUAGAUUAAAUAUUUGCCAUAAUUAAGUUUUUUCAGUCACUCUUGAAGUUUCUCUUAUCAAAAUUUAGGUUUAUCUUUUAUCCUAGAAAAUGAUGAAAAUUGUUUAUUAAUUUUUUUGUUACACUUUUAUUUAGUAUAGUUACCUCAUAGCAUUGUUUUAUGAGGGCAAAUGUCAAGAGAGUAUGAUGUGAAAUAUUUUUAACUUGAGAAAAACUUUAUAGACUUGUUUUUUUUUUUUUUUUUUUUAAUUUUAGAAAUUUUAAUAAUGUGUUUCUUUCAGCUGUUGACUUAUACACUUUACAUACCAGAAAUUUGCUAUCUCACCAUCAAAAAUAGGGGGUAUACAGUUAUGAUUUUAAUCUAUUCUGAACUUUUUCUCUCUAUUCAUAAAAAUCAUAUUCUCAAGCAUAAUAAGAGGAAGUCUGAAUGAUUAGGAGUCUUAAUUUUAUUAAUUAUUUGUAUUUUAACUAAUGUUACUGUACUGUUCAUAAUUUAGGAACUUUGUUGUCCCUUCAUCUUAUUAGAGCUAUUCAGUUUAGAAAAUGUGAUUAUUUUUUUUUAAAUUGAUCUUAUAUAAUUAGUCUAUAUACAACACUGUGAUAGAAAAUAUUUUUUUCUCAAAUUUGAAAUGCAAUGAUUAUAAAAACACUAUUCAAAUUAUGAAGUUUCAUAUUUUAAUGCAGAAAUUGAUGUUUCAGAAAUUAUAUUUUCUUAAUAAAAUAUAGCUGUCCUAAAAAUUCAAAUUUGUGAAAAGUGCAGAAGAUAGAAGUAAAUCCUAUGUACUGAAAAUGUGUACAAAGCUAUUGCAAAAAAUAUUACCAUUGAUUUCUUAAUAUGAUACCUGAGACUUGUUAAUUCAACGCCAAUUAAACUGAAUAUUUGUGUGUUAUCUUCAAAUCAGAUAUAAUCAAGGAAAUAUAAUUGUAACCUUAAUUUAGUUUGUUGAAAAUGUUUUGUUCAAAAGUAUGCCUGCCUACAACUCAAAUUUCAGCAUCAACAUUGAGUAAUGCUUUCUUAUUUGUUCUGUCAUCAUAUUUUCUGCUCAAUAUAUUUUUUGGAAAUAUGUUGCUCUACAUGCAAUACAUAAGUUUUUAACAUUUUAUCUCCAUUUAUUAUUCUCUAUAAGCACCUUCUUUUUAUUAUUAUUUUAUUAGGAACCAAAGCUUCUGUUUCUAAUUAUUGUAUUUUAAAUAAUAAAAAGUUACAUGUACAAACAAAGCAAUUAAAUUUUUUCUAUA